GGGGGCGCACAUCUGCACAGUGAGGUGUGGUCGCUCGGAUCUGACAGGUGGCUCUGGAUCUGCUUUAUUCUCCUGCGCGUCAUCAGUGCCCACAUACACAACUGCAGCAAGAUGGUUAAGUGCCCAAAGUGCCAGAAGGAGGUUUACUUCGCUGAGAGGGUGACAUCGCUGGGGAAGGACUGGCACAGGCCAUGUCUGAAGUGCGAGAAGUGCAACAAGACGCUGUCGGCUGGCUCGCAUGCAGAGCAUGAAGGCAAGCCAUACUGUAACAACCCCUGCUACGCUGCAAUGUUUGGACCUAAAGGAUUUGGACGUGGUGGAGCUGAAAGCCACUCCUACAAAUAGACAGGCCAAGGCGCCGCAGAGAAAACAAGAUAGAAGAAACCAAACCUCUCAGACGAUAGCAAACCUCUAAACAAAUCAUCCGCUUCCAAUGCAGGAAAUAAUUUGAAUGCAUUUGCUUUUUUAUUUUUUUAUUUUGUUGUUCUUGUUGUUGUUCUACUUGUUUUGGACCAUCACUUUCUUUAUUUUAUCAUUUCUUGUUUAGUUAUAGAGACAUCUCUCUUUGGCUUCAGCUUGUCCAAUUAAACAUUUUAUGAAAUUUG